GAAGAAAUCAAAAGUGAAACUUCUGUGAAGUGAAAUAGUGCGAAAAGGGGUGGUCCUUCAAAGUGCUGAUUGAGAGGAGAAGCCAUUAUUUGUUUGUCACAGUGCAUAUCUCAGCAUUGUGGCUCUUUCAGAUUGCAACUGAAGUCUUGGUUCAGGUAAGACACAGAAGAAAUUAUGGAAGGAAAGAGAUGCUGAGACUUGGAAUGACAUGGAGACAAACAUUUUGGACCUGAAGUUAGAGUACUUGUGCUGUUCCUCUGUGCUGUUCCCAGUCUUCGGGUGAUGACACAAUUCCUGCCAGUGAAACAAGGUUUUCUGAUCUGUUACUAGAGUGAGCCUUUUGAAAGGAAUUUGUACACCUCAUUCUGUCAAAGGAUCCAAACCCUGAUGUGAAAUGAGUAGAGACUUCUUCAAGCUGCUUUUUGAAAUUUCUGAGGCUUUGGUCACAGAGGAAGUGGCAGCUCUUAAAUUCCUCAGCCUGGAGCAUGUCCCCAGGAGGAAGCUGGAAGCCAUCCAGGAGCCCAAGGCCUUCUUUGAAGUGCUGCAGGAGAAAGACAUGAUUGGGGUGGGGAACCUGUCCUUCCUGAAGGAGCUGCUCUACCACAUCAGUCGGAUCGACCUCCUGGCUGCCCACCUGGGCUCCAGCCGUGAGGAGAUGGAGAGGGACCUGCAGGUCCCAGGCAGGGCACAGGUGUCGGCUUACAGGCAACUGCUGUAUAGAAUUGCAGAGGACUUGACUCCAGAAGACGUUGCAAGUGUGAAGUUCCUGCUCCAAAAACUAUUACCAAAGAACAAGCUCCAGGAAAACGCUUCAAUGUUGCAGGUCUUUCUGGAAAUGGAAAUAAAUGGGAUAAUUAAAGAAGAUAAUCUGACAAUUCUGAAAGAUCUAUUCCAGAGCGUUAGAGCUGACAUAAAGAAAAAAAUUGAUGCCUAUGAAGAAAAAAAAAAAGAAAAUUAUUCUAGGGAAGAAGUCCGCUAUCCUGUGUCUGUGUCUGGGCAUCCAGAGGAACAAGGAGCAGAGGGGGAGGCAGCAAAACAGCAUGGGAAAAUUUAUACAAUGAAAAAUACCCCCCAUGGUUACUGUUUAAUUCUUAACAACCACAUUUUUAAAAAUCCACGUGACAAUAGAGAGGGAACAUUGCAAGAUGGAGAGGCUGUGAAGAGGGUCUUUAAGUGGCUUCAGUUUAAGACAGUUGAGUACAUGAAUCUAGAAGGAAAAAAAUUACAUGGGACAGUUAAAGAAUACAGCAAAAAAGAUCACAGAAAUAUGGACUGUUUUGUUUGCUUCAUUUUCUCCCAUGGUGAAAGAGGCAAAAUAAAAGGUGUUGAUGAUGAGUUCAUAAAUAUCGAAGAUUUAGUCUCCUGCUUCACUGGAACUAAUUGUCCUUCUCUUGCUGGCAAACCCAAGGUGUUUAUCAUCCAGGCUUGCCAAGGCUCUGUGCGUCACCCACCUGUUACAAUAGAACCAGACUCUUCUGGACAUCUUGAGGUGGAUGCUAGUCCUUUGACUUCCAUUCCUGAUAAGGCUGACAUUCUGAUUGGCAUGGCUACAGUGGAGGACUACUUGUCCUUCCGCAGUCAUAAGACUGGCAGUGUUUACAUUCAAUCCCUCUGUGAGAAGAUGGAGUUGCUUUGCCCACAGCGCGUGGAUUUCACAGCCAUCCUAACAGAAGUGAACAAUGAAGUGGCAAGAAGAGAAUUAGAAGGAUCUAAGCAGAUGCCAAAGAUAACAUCAACACUACUGAAGCAAUUGAUCUUUGAAGUUCCACAAAUGGGCUCAACAAGAGGUGCAAACGCGAGCAAACACGGCACACCGUUCCCCAAGGAACUGCGGCGUCUUUUGCUCCGGAAGUUUAAAUCCAGAGGGAAGCGCCGCCCCGCUCGGGCCCCGCCCUCCGUCCUGCGCGGUUGCGGCGCGGCCAUGGAGCUGCCCCGGGGGCGGCUGCUGGCGGUCAGCGACGAGCUGGGCCAGGCCGAGCUGGCGGCGCUCAAGUUCCUCAGCCAGGAGCACGUCCCCAGGAGGAGGCUGGAAGCCGCCCGGAGCCCGCACGACUUGUUCGAAGCGCUGCAGGAAAAGGGCGUGCUGGAGGCGGGGAACCUGGCCUUCCUCAGGGAGCUGCUGUACCGCAUCGGGCGGAUCGACCUCCUGGUUGCCCACCUGGGCUCCAGCCGGGAGCAGGUGGAGAGGGAGCUGCGGGCGCCGGGCGGGGCGCGGGUGCCGCCCCUCAGAUCCUUGCUCUUUCAACUAUCUGAAGAUACCACUGAAGAUGAACUGAUGUCUUUCAAGUUACUUUUGGUCAAAGAAUUACCAAAAAGCAAGCUAACCCGUGAGACUACAAUGCUUGACAUUCUCACUGAGAUGGAGAAGAAGGGCCUUCUGGGGAAAGACAACCUGAGUGUGCUGAAGAGUCUGUGUGAAAAAAUUAACAUCAGCCUGUGGAACAGAAUUGAAGAUGGAUUAAACCUGUUUGGCCAAGAAGAGAUGCUCAUCACAGAGGAAGAGAGGGGCAGCACAGGAUGCCCUGAAGGACGUCUGGUAUCAUCUGUGGCACCUGAUCCUCCUGUCAGUUUUAAUGACCCCUCUCAGCUGCUAGAAGCUUACAAAAUGACCAGCCGACCCUGUGGAGUGUGCCUGAUCCUGAAUAAUCACAAUUUUGCAAAAGCUAGGGAAGGAGUGCUGGAACACAAACACAUGAAGGAUCGGAAUGGGACAGAUGUGGAUGCAGCGGCUCUGAGGAAUGUCUUUAGCAAGCUUCAUUUUAGAGUAGAAGAAUAUAGAGACCUCACUGCAGAAGGAAUCCGUAAGACUGUGAAGAGCUUCCAGAGCAAAGACCAUGAGGACAAGGACUGUUUUGUUUGCUGUAUCCUGUCUCAUGGGAAAAAAGGCAUUAUAUAUGGUGUUGAUGGGCAGGAAGUACCUAUCCGUGAACUGACCUCUUCUUUCACUGCACAGAAUUGCAAUUCACUUGCUGGAAAACCAAAAGUUUUUUUUAUUCAGGCCUGCCAAGGUGAUGCUUUCCAUAAAGGUGUGACCAUUGAGACAGAUUCUGGAGAGCAAGAUUCUUCUGUAGAGCAAGAUGCAAGGUUUCAACUCGACUGCAUCCCUGCAGAGGCAGACUUCCUUCUGGGCAUGGCCACCCUGCAGGAUUACGUCUCCUACAGAAGUCCCAGGGAGGGAACCUGGUACAUACAGGCACUGUGCCAGCACUUGGAGUACAGCUGUCCUCGAGGGGAAGAUGUUCUCACCAUCCUGACAGCGGUGAAUCGAGAAGUGAGCAGAAAAACUUGUGAGCGAGACGCAAAGAAGCAGAUGCCACAGCCCAGUUUCACACUGAGGAAGAGGCUCAUCUUUCCUGUCAACUAAAUGGGAGGAAACUGCAUGGCAGAGAGCUGCUGCAGCCUGGAAGUGGCUGGUUUCAGUUCAGAAUUCAGUCUAACACUGAAUUUUGUUUUGUAUGAAACAAAAACUUUCAGUGCCUGCUCUUAGCAGAAGAGCAGAUAUUUUUAAUUGAAAGUACAACUGAGGAGAAAAAGCCUUAAGAAAUUUGUAUUAAUACGUUAAUUUGUAUUAACACUUUAUACUUGAGAGCAUCUCUGAGCUGGUCUCGGAGUUAUCUCUGAUUUAGUUGAUCUCUCUCAGUGGUUUGCUGGCUAAAAUAGACUCGGUGUCCUCUUAUCAGCUGUACCACACUGCUAUCACUUUCAUGAGGUGUCUUUACAAGGCAACUUUUAGAAGACAACCAUUAUGAAGCCUAUUGUACUUUAUGCCUAACCUUUGGAAAAUAAAGUGAGGAGUGUUGUAAAUUUUAUAGGA